AUCAAGCUAUGAUGAUGGGGAAGGUUCCCUUGUUCUCCCCCAGUUCCUCUGUGAGCUCCGCUCUGCCCAGCUACGUCGCUUUCUGCCUCACUCUACAGGUUCACAGGCUGGUAUCAGCACAAUUCAUAGUGGCUGGACCUGACCACCCAGUCACUGCCUCCCUUAGGGGGGAGGCCAUCCUGCCCUGCCACCUCUCCCCCAGGAUAAGCGCUGAGAACAUGGAGGUUAGAUGGUUCCGAUCCAAGUACUCUGAAGUCGUGCACCUGUACCGUGGUGGGCGGGAUCAGUAUGGACAGCAGAUGCUGGAAUAUCAAGGAAGAACUGAGCUCUUGAAAGACGACAUCACCAAUGGGAGAGUUUCCCUGAGAAUACGCAAUAUCCAACCCUCGGACAAUGGGCAGUACACGUGUUAUUUUCAGUCCAGUGUCUCUUACGAAGAAGCUUUAUUGGAACUGCAGGUGGCAGGUUUGGGCUCUGAUCCUGUCAUCUCUUUGGAGGGACAUCAGGAUGGAGGGAUCCGGGUGGUGUGUCGAUCAUCCAGAUGGUACCCAGAGCCCGAGGCUCAGUGGAGAGAUCUCCAGGGGAAGAUCUUACCAUCAGCCUCUAAAGAAAUAACCCCAGAGGCAGAUGACCUGUUUCAAACAGAGAUUACUAUUGUUAUACCAGAAGAGUCUAACCAGAAAGUGUCCUGCUGUGUCAGGAACCUCCUACUCAACCAGAAGAGAGAGUCAGCGAUUUCAGUAGCAGAGCUGUUUUUCCCGAGAGUCAAUCCCUGGAUGGUGGCUUUGGGUGUGAUCCUGGUUCUCCUGGCUGUUCUCAUUGUCCUGGCCAGUUACUGCUUAUGGACGCAACACAGAGCGAAAGACAAAGUCCAGAGAUGCAUCUGCAGAGUUCACUUCCCACGCAGGCACAUUACUAGCUCCACUGCCCAGGCACUCGCUUGCCACUCCUCUUCAUCAGCCACCAUGCUGGCUAAUCACUCUCACCUCUAG